UCCUUUUCUUAAAACUGAAGGAAACUACAAAUCCCGGCGUGCAUGAUGAGCCUGACUUGCUUCUGCACAAAGGUCUCAUCAAGUCUGUGGCUGGCCCAGGGAUCCGGAGGACGACAUCCACUUGCUGCUCUAAACUUAAACUGCAGGCUCCGUUAUGGGUCGCCUUGAUGGGAAGGUCAUCGUCGUGACAGCCGCCGCUCAGGGGAUUGGCCGGGCAGCCGCCUUAGCUUUUGCAAGAGAAGGUGCCAAAGUCAUCGCCACGGAUAUCAAUGAGUCCAAACUUCAGGAACUUGAAGAGUGCCCUGGUAUUCAAAUUAGGACCCUUGAUGUCACAAAGAAGAAACAAAUUGACCAGUUUGCCAGUGAAAUUGAGAGACUUGAUGUUCUCUUUAAUGUUGCUGGUUUUGUCCAUCACGGAACCAUACUGGACUGCGAGGAGAAAGACUGGGACUUCUCGAUGAAUCUCAAUGUCCGCAGCAUGUACUUGAUGAUCAAGGCAUUUCUUCCUAAAAUGCUUGCACAGAAAUCUGGCAACAUUAUCAACAUGUCGUCUGUGGCUUCUAGCAUCAAAGGAGUUGUGAACAGAUGUGUGUACAGUACAAGCAAGGCAGCUGUGAUUGGCCUCACAAAGUCCUUGGCUGCAGACUUCAUCCAGCAGGGGAUCAGGUGCAACUGCGUGUGUCCAGGAACGGUUGAUACCCCAUCUCUGCAAGAAAGAAUACAAGCCAGACCAAAUCCCAAAGAGGCACGGAACGAUUUCCUGAAGAGACAGAAGACUGGAAGAUUUGCAACCGCAGAAGAAAUAGCUCUACUGUGUGUGUAUUUGGCUUCUGAUGAAUCUGCCUAUGUAACAGGUAAUCCUGUCAUCAUUGAUGGAGGCUGGAGCUUGUGAUUUUGAUCUCCUUGCUGGGAAGGAAGGCAGGCCCUUCCUGUCCACAGUGAACCUGGUUAUGAAGAAAAUUCACCCAUCAUGUCUUUCCUAUUAAUGGCAUAUUAAUGAAAACAACCCCUUUUUAAUGAUGUCAUUGUUCACGGGAGUCACAUUCUUUAAAUAUAUUAAUCUUUUUCUAACCUCUUCUGAAAUCAUUGUAGAGAGAUGACAUAAAGGAUAAUGAACUCAUUGCAAAUGAAUAGUUUUAAAAUAAACAACAAUUUGCAAGCAUAUAAAAUGAAAAUGUGAAUAUGAAAAAUGGAAGGUUUUUAAGAAAAAGGUAUUAAUUUGUAUUUUACUUCUAUCUCAAAUUAUUCAACUAUUUUGUACAAUUCUGCAUUGGUCUGUACAUGGAUACUAAUUUUAAAAUUUUCACCAUUAUAAAUGAAUACAAAGUAGGAAGGAAUUCAGUCAGCUUCAGUAACUUACAUUAAAAGGAGUUUAGAUUCAGAACUAUACUAUUGAUCUGUUAUAUAAAAGAAAAUAAUCAUCAAGUGUUUAUGCUUAAUGGAUGUUAUCACUCAAAAUUUAGUACUGUUUUCUUAGCUUAAGUAAAAAAAUCUUUCUUAAAAUAAGCAAUGAUAAUUAGUAUGAGCCUAAGAAACUUAUGAUGAACUAGCAAUAUUAUCAAUUUGCGUGAUAUUUUUUAGGUUAAGUGUAGAUUUUUUUCACCAAAUUCCUAGUUAAUAGUAAAAGGACAUGAAAUUU